GCGCGCGCCGUUUGGAUGCAAGGAAGCUUCAUGGAGCGGAAAGCGACGCGCAUUUGUUGAGUGAACCGCGCGGCAGCCGCUACUCGCAUUACUCACUCGUUGGCACCACGGCGGGAUGAAGGCCUUCGCAGCAUUCGGAGGAAAAUAUCAGACGCUGGGGGCACUUGUGGGGCUCCUGGCGUCGCUGCUCUGGCUGCGUCAACCAUCCGAGGGCAACGUAGAUCCAGAUGCCGAAAGGAACGUGACGGAGAUAAUCGCCGACAAGGGCUACCUGGUGCAAGAGUACGCGGUGACCACGCGCGACGGAUACGUGCUGCCCCUGCAGAGGAUCCCUUACGGUCGAGAUGAGCUCCGGUCGUCGUCCUCGUCGACCCCCCAUCGCUUCCAGCCACGGCCGCCAGUGAUACUCAUGCACGCGCUUCUUUUCUCCUCCAGCGUGUGGGUGGUCAACGGGCCAGAGCAGAGCUUGCCCUAUGUCCUGGCCGACGCUGGUUUCGACGUGUGGCUGGGUAACGUGAGGGGAAACAGCCAGUCCAGACAUGUGAACUACACGUGGUACCAGAAAGAGUUGUGGGAUUUCAGCUUUGAGGAGAUCAGUGAAUUCGACGUGCCAGACACGAUUGACUUCGUGCUAAACGUGACUGGUCACAACAAGACUCUCUUCGUCGGGCAUUCCAUGGGCGCUGCAACGAUGUUCGGAUUACUCUCCGAGAAGCCGGAGUACAACAACAAGAUAUCGUUGUUCGCGGCUAUGGCACCGGCGGUACGCACCCACAACAUGACGUCGCAAAUUCGUCACAUCCUGCCCCUCAUGGACGAGUUUGCGGCUUUGGCUGCGUUGUUCGGCAGGUACGACUUCCUAUACCACGACCGAAUGAUCGACUUCAUCGUGACAACGAUGUGCCGCUACCGGGUGUCCCGGGCCAUUUGUCCGUGGGUCAUUAAUUUUGUCUCCGGCCAGCAGACUCGACCAAUCAAUGCGACUCGUCUGCCCGUCUUUCUAAAAGAUACGCCUUCGGGGACAUCUUUCAAGAAUAUGAUCCACAUGGCGCAGGUCUACGAGACAGGGCGUUUUGGAAAGUUCGACUACGGAGCCGAGCGCAACGUACAGGUGUAUGGGAAGGCGACGCCCCCGGAGUACGACUUGCGACGCGUAUCGGCGCCUGUGGCCCUGUUCUGGACUCAAGCGGACGCCCUGGUUUCGGCCGACCACAUGGCUAUCCUGCGCGAGAAGCUGCCCAACCUAGUGCUCGACUUCCGGGUGGCGGACGAUCGGUUCAGCCACCAGGAGUUCGCCAUCGGUGUCACCGCCAAAGAAGCAGUCUACGAUGGCUUGGUGGACGUCAUGAAGCGCUUCUCCGGACAAGCUUAGAAAGUGGCACACGGCCGGCUCGACGAAAAGACCGGGAACUAUGGAUUCGCUCAGACUAUGAUCGUUGUCACUCGAGGAUACCGAUAUCGCCCUCAGUGGCCUGAGAGAGCAGGCCUGUCAGUUUAUAGGGGCACUGAUAGAACAAUGAGUUAGGUGUUUAUAGUUAAAUAAUUGCCUUCCUGCAGUACCAUUUAUGCAACAUUUAUUGCGAGCGUAGGCUUGGCAAGCCAGAAAAUACGCGAAAAUGAACGACGGGUGGCGAUGCCCCCUGCCAGUUCCCAAUCUAUGACGUCAUUGAUUUGGACGCCAUUUGCUCGGGCCUAGUUAAUUUCUCAACGGUAAAAGGGAGCUACAUUGUGCCCUAACAGAACGAACGACUGAACUUAGCAAGUUUCAAGAUCCUUUUACUGCGUCACAACAGCCCAAAUACAAGAAUAUGCUUUGACAUCCGUUGUGUCGAACUGACAUAACGGUGCGAAAUCUAAAGAAAAUGGCAGCUCGGCUUAAUUUUUUUCUUGCAGUGAUCAAACUCUAACCGCGCAAGAUUGAGGAAAACUUAGUUUUCAAAGAAUACUUAUCAGUAAAAACUCAUUUAGUAUUUCUCUAAAGUGCCCCUUUAAAGGAAUUAUUGCACUCGUGGCCAACAAGCGCCACGCAAAAUUGACCGCUAAUUGAUGUUAAAAUAAUUUCUGGAGGGCAUGCACUAGGCAUUGUUGGUUGGUAUUAGCGAAUGCGACACAUACCGUUACGUUCAUCUUCUACAAAAGAAA